GAUUCCUACCCGAGACCCAGUGUGGUGUUCGCGCCCAUUCCGUCAACAGUCAUGUGGAAAGCUUUACAUUCAAAGAUACUAAAGGUUUUGUGGACCCUACUCAUAUGUAACUCUUUUAUACCUUGUCGGUCACAGGACGUUUUUUCACCAACAGCUUUUACCCAAGGUCUAUCUUCUUUCAAUACUGGUUUUUCAAACUUUGGUAAUGCUAUAAAUGGAUUUUCUACUGGAACAGGAGGUGCGGACGGAGCUUUCUUAGCCAGUGGCGGAGUUCCCACGAUCGGAGGACCCGGAACGGGUGGGGGUUUCACUUUCGGGGCUGGAGCCGGUCCAGGUUUCUUUGACGGCGGCGCUGGAGCCGUAGGCGCGGGUGGUGGCGUGCCUGUUGUCGGCGGGGGCACUGGCGGUUUUACUGGAGCCGGUGCAACACCAUUCACUUUUGGAGGAACCGGUUUUGGGGCUCCUGGCGGAGUAACAUUUGGUGGCGGAGGAGGCGCUGGAUUUGUUGGUGGUGGCGGUGGGAUACCUGUCGCCGGUGGAGGGGUCGGGUUUGGAGGACCAGGAGUCGGAUUUGGAGGACAAGUGGGCGGAGUUGGAGGAGGACCAGCGUUUGGUGACGGAGGAGUCGGAUUUAUAGGAGACGGAUUUGGAGGGCCAGGGGGCGGAUUUGGCGGCGGCGGAGGACCAGGGUUUGGUGAUGGAGGAGGCGGAUUUGGCGGCGGCGGAGGACCAGUGUUUGGUGAUGGAGGAGGUGGAUUUGGCGGCGGAGGACCAGGGUUUGGCGAUGGAGGAGGCGGAUUUGGCGGCGGAGGACCAGGGUUUGGUGACGGAGGAGGCGGAUUUGGCGGCGGAGGGCCAGCGUUUGGUGACGGAGGAGAUGGAUUUGGAGGGGGCGGAGGAGUAACAAUUAUAAACGGUGGUGCAGGAGGAAUACUAGGAGGUGGCGGAGGAAUACCAAUCGCUCUUGGAGGUGGAGGAGGACUCGGGGGAACGGGUGGAGUUACAAUUGUGGACGGCGGAACAGGAGUUGGAGGAUUGGGUGUAACUGGACCUGGAGGUGUCACAAUGCUGGGCGGAGGAGGAACAGGACUUGGAACUGGGGGGGCCUUUGUUGGACCAGAUCCUUUAGGUCCUGGCAGUGGAGUUUUUGUUGGUCCUGGAACAGGUACAGGAACUGGUGGGGCUAUUACUCUUGGAGGAGGAGUAAGUGGUGGUCUUCCAUUCGGUAGCUUUGUUGGCCCAGAACCAGCAAUUCCGACAACAGGAUUUGGUGGAACGACAGUAAUAACUUCCCCUGUCUCAGUUUCUCCUGCUGUGCCAUCUAUAGGACUAUACCCUGGAGGGGGUGGUAUUAGUGGUGGACUUGGAGGUUUAGAUGGUGGAUUUGGUGGAUUUGGCAGUGGUGGGGUUGGUGGUUUUGGUGGUAUAGAUGGAGGACUUGAUGUAUUUGGCGGCGGGGGUCUAAGCGGUGGUGGUGGAUUUGGCAGUUUUGGUGGUGGCGGACUUGGGGAUGGCGGUUUUGGCAGCGGCGGACUUGGGAGUGGCGGUUUUGGCAGCGGCGGACUUGGGAGUGGCGGCGGACUUGGCGGCGGCGGUUUUGGCAGCAACGGACUUGGGGGUGGCGGACUUGGCGGCGGCGGACUUGGCGGCGGCGGUUUUAGCAGCGGCGGACUUGGGGGUGGCGGUCUUGGCGGCGGUGGACUUGGUGGUGGUGGUGGACUUGGAGGAUUUGGCAGCGGCGGACUUGGGGGUGGCGGUCUUGGCGGCGGUGGACUUGGAGGAUUUGGCAGCGGCGGACUUGGGGGUGGCGGUCUUGGCGGCGGUGGACUUGGAGGAUUUGGCAGCGGCGGACUUGGGGGUGGCGGUCUUGGCGGCGGUGGACUUGGGGGAUUUGGCAGUGGCUUUGGUGGAAGUGGUUUUGGAAGUUUAGGGGGUGGAGGUCUAGGGGGAUGGGGAUUACAAGGAGGAUUAGGCAGUGCAUAUGGUUUUGGAGGAAGUGGAAGCUGGUGGUCUUCAUUUUCACAAAGUGGCAUAUUCCCAUGGGCAUUAGCAGCAGGAACUAUCGCUCUAGCAUCAUCGUUGAAUGGGGGAGGAGGAGGGCUUUUUGGGUUUUUUGGCGGAGGUAGUAGCAGUGGGAGCAGCGGUGGGACCGUGGCAGCGGCUUCCGGUUCUGGUACCGGUUUCGGCUUUGUGGCUCCUACAACACCAGCUACAAGCAGUCUUUGUCCAACUCGUAAAAAUCCAACGGCAUGUUCAUGGUGUUACGCAGCUGCUAAAACAAAAACGGCUUGUGACGCAGUUGCGACCGGAAAGAACGGCACGGAUGAUCCCCAGAACACUACUACGGACGCUUCAGGGGACGACUGUCUGUGGUAUAGUGACACAAACGUAUGUCUGAACGACGAGGGAGCGGCUUAAUAGACUCGUGUUAUUUGUUAUAAUUCGUAAAAUUGAAUUGAUAAAGCUAUUAAAAUGCG